AUUUUGUAAAUAUAAGUUUGGUAAUGAGAAUUGAGUAAUUGAAGAAUAGUAUAAGUAAAAAGACAAAAAACAUAAAUAAGAAAAAAAAAGAAAUGAAAGGCGAUGGGCCCAGUGGCUUAGUUAGUGUGAACUGUGAAGGCACCAGAUGGGCCAAUAUUAAACUGCCGGCCCAUUAUGCCCCCACCUCCCUCCCUGAUUCCCUUCUCAAAACUCUCUAUUACCACCACACACGCACACACGCACACACAGUACACACACACCUUCCUCUCUCUCUCUCUCUUACACUCACACCACAAUGCACUCCUCCGACAACUCCGCCAGCGCCAGCACAGAGUGGACGCUGACCACCAAGUCCCACGCCCCCUCCUCCGACCCCUGCUGGGACGCCAUACAGCGGGGCGGCGCCACCCUGGCACUGGGGGACUUGCGGUUCCUGCAGCGGGUGGGCAGCGGCGACAUCGGAAGCGUGUACUUGGUGGAGCUGAAGGGCUCGAACGCGUGCCUGUUCGCGGCGAAGGUGAUGGACAAGAAGGAACUGAUGGGGAGGAACAAAGAGACGAGAGCGAAGAUGGAGAGAGAGAUUCUGCAAGUGGUGGAUCAUCCCUUUCUCCCCACUCUCUAUGCAUCGCUCGAUUCCCCACGCUGGUCUUGCCUCCUCACCGAGUUUUGCCCCGGCGGCGACCUCCACGUCCUCCGCCAGCGCCAGCCCGAUAAACGCUUCCACCACGCCGCCGUUAGGUUCUACGCAUCUGAAGUGGUGAUUGCGUUGGAGUACCUACACAUGAUGGGAAUAAUAUACCGUGAUUUAAAACCUGAAAAUGUGCUCAUAAGAUCAGACGGUCACAUAAUGCUCACAGACUUUGACCUCUCGCUAAAAGGCGACGAAAGCACAUCAACGGCUCAGAUCGUGUUUGAUCAAGACCCACCCGCCAACACCUGUUCGAAGGAACCCUCCAAGAACCAAUGCGCGCCCGCCAUGUCAUCAUGCAUGCUGCCCAAUUGCAUCGUGCCACCUGUCCCAUGCUUCCACCCAAAACGCGGUCGUAGCAAGAGGUCCUCCCGAUGUGGGUCCGUGGAGAUCAUAGCUGAGCCAAUAGAAAUUCGCUCAAUGUCGUUCGUUGGGACCCACGAGUAUUUGGCGCCCGAAGUGAUUUCGGGUGAAGGCCACGGUAACGGCGUUGAUUGGUGGACAUUGGGAGUGUUCAUUUUUGAGCUCUUCUAUGGGAUCACACCCUUCAAAGGGCUUGAGCAUGAGCUAACCCUAGCCAACAUAGUGGCUCGUGCCCUUGAGUUCCCUAAGGAGCCCAUGAUCCCUGGACCAGCUAGGGAUUUGAUAUCACAACUUUUGGUCAAGGACUCCACUAUGAGGCUAGGGUCUACAAUGGGUGCUGUAGCAAUUAAGCACCACCCCUUUUUCAAUGGGGUUAAUUGGGCAUUGUUGAGGUGUGCUACCCCUCCAUACAUCCCUUCAUCGGACAAGUGCAAGGAGUUGGUUAGGGUCUAUAAUUGCACAACCAAUGCUAUAGACUUCUAUUAGAAGGAUAAUCACAAUUCCACUAUUUUAUACACAAUUGCAUACAACUGACAUGCUUCAUAUACGAGUUCAAUCGAAAAAACUACCAUGGGAUUAUUAAAAUAAAAUAAUAAUAAAAAGUGUGUGGAUUUUGUGUAAUUAAUUAUAGUUGUGUCAUAUGAAUCUCUCCUAUUGCAAAAGCAAAGAAGCAGAUCAAAUGGGCAUGUGUUAGGUGCAUGUAUGAUUUGUGCACACAACUGGAGUUUGGUGUAACUAACAAAUUUAUUUAAUUUUUAGAAAGGGGUGAACAAAUCAUUUCAAAGUA